AUGUUACCGAGAGAAGUUUUACAUAUCGGCGAUGGAAUCCUUCAAACAAAGCCAGAAUAUCUCAAGAAAAUUCUUGUUGAUGCUGAAAUUGAGCAGCAUUAUGUGGUAGAAGAAAAGCCGUUCGCAAGCUUGUUUGGAAGUUUAUCAAAUGUAGGUUAUCAUGAGCAUGGUACAGACAACAAAAAUAAAAUAAAGAUAAAAAGCAUCGACGACUCACACUCGUCGCGAGAAAACGGACGAAAGAAAGUCAAGCAACGCAACUAA